UAAAUUUGUUAUCAACGUUUUAACUAAAUUUUUAGUAUUUAUAAUAUUAACAAGAAGAAAGGAGUCCCACUCUCACGCACCAUGUUUCCACGACGCCCUACAAAGCAUCCCGUGCUACCUGCAAAGCAGCCCGUGGCACCAACAAUAGAAGACAUAAAAAAAUACAUAAAAAGUUUGCAUCCCUAUAAGUUUUUCCACAAGGACUAUGUCCGCAAGAUUGCGGAAGUCCAAAAUCUGAUGUUACUCAAACCAAAGAAGGGCAAUCAAAAGAAGGGCAAUCAAAAGAAGGGUUUGGCUAGGUCUUUGAUGAGUGAUAAAAGUCGCAAGAAUUUUGACAUAAUGAUGCUGAAUCGAUUUGGCCACAUGAAAAAGUAAUGAGACAGUUAAUGUCUUGUUAACUGCAUACGAUAUUUUCAUACCUUUUGAAUUUUGUUAAGAUGAUAUUAAAGCAGCAACAAAUCGAGCAAAUAUAUAGACGUGAUAUCUCUGCAAUAUAAGCACUAUACCCACUUAUCGUUAGGGUAUAUUGAAAAAAUCUUUCAAGAAUUGGGCACGAAUUCUCUUCCUCUUUGGUAUAUUCUCUACUGCUUCUAACCCGGUGGAGUUGUUAAUUAGAAAAUAAUACACCGAUGAAGGUCAAUGUCAAGCGAGAUAUUCAGAAAGAGAGACAUAAAGAUAGAGAAAGGGAAGUUAUGUAGAAGUUUUAAU